UUCUUCCUAUUGAGCAAAGCGCUAUAGCAAGCAUGGGAUCCACGUCUAAGUGGAGUAAUUUACCCUCCUGUCCAAGUCUUAAGAACUUAACCGAACCGGGCUAUGGAGUCCCAAAGAAGGAACAGCAUCGUGCUGUGCAGGAGCUCACAAGAGUCCACACCGAAUCGUUUGAUCAGGCGAUCAGCGAUGGGUUAAGCCGAGCAGUGCAGGCUAUUUGUCCUCUGGAGUUCAUGUUUAAAAAUGAAAGGAUCACCAUUGCCUUUGUGGAUGCUGUCAUCAGCCCCCCAAUGGUUCCGAAGGGAAGCAUCUGCAAAUACCUGCAGGUGUUCCCAGCGGAAUGUAGGGGGCGCAGGAGUUCCUACAGGGGGAAAAUAACAGCAGAUGUCAGCUGGUCAGUCAAUGGCAUUCCCAAAGGAAUUAUUAAGCAGUCUCUGGGCUUUGUGCCUAUCAUGGUGAAGUCCAAGCUGUGUAAUUUGUACCGCCUCCCUCCCAAGGAUCUCAUUAAGCACCAUGAAGAAGCAGAGGAGAUGGGAGGUUAUUUCAUAGUGAAUGGAAUAGAAAAGAUUAUCCGAAUGUUAAUUAUGCCCAAGAGAAACUACCCUAUCGCAAUGGUGAGACCUAAAUGGAAGGGCAGAGGCCAGGGUUACACUGAAUAUGGUAUUUCGAUGCACUGCGUGAGAGAUGAGCACACAGCCAUUAACAUGAACCUGCAUUACCUUGACAAUGGGACAGUGAUGCUCAACUUCAUUUACCACAGGGAGCUCUUCUUCAUUCCUCUGGGCUUUGCCUUGAAGGCCUUGGCUGACGUCACAGAUUUCCAGAUCUCCCAGGAGUUGAUUAAAGGGAGAGAGGACAACUCAUUUUACAAGAGCUGUGUGUCGGAGAUGCUGCGCAUGGUGAUGGUGGAAGGAUGCACCACCAAGAAGCAGGUCCUGAACUACCUUGGGGAGAGAUUCCGGGUGAAGCUGUCUCUGCCAGAGUGGUACACCAACCAGCAGUGUGCAGAGUUUCUGUUAGAACACUGCAUCUGUAUCCACCUAAAGUCUAAUGUAGAGAAGUUUUACCUGCUGUGCCUGAUGACUCGGAAGCUGUUCACCUUCGCUAAGGGAGAAUGUAUGGAGGAAAACCCAGACAGCUUGAUGUGCCAGGAGGUGCUCACACCUGGACAGCUUUAUUUAAUGUUUCUGAAAGAAAAAAUGGAAACCUGGUUGCAGUCUCUGAAAAUCGCCCUGGACAAAAAGAUGCAGAAAUCGAACAUUACUAUCAAUGUGGAAAGUCUUAUGAAACUGUUCAACAUGGGACUGGACGUGACCAGACCAUUUGAAUAUCUUUUAGCCACAGGAAAUCUGCGUUCAAAAACAGGGCUGGGAAUGCUGCAGGACUCUGGUCUCUGUGUGGUGGCUGACAAGCUGAACUUCAUCCGCUACCUAUCUCAUUUCCGCUGCGUUCACCGAGGCGCCGCCUUCGCCAAGAUGAGGACGACGAUGGUGCGCAGGCUGCUACCAGAGUCCUGGGGAUUCCUGUGCCCGGUCCAUACCCCCGAUGGGGAGCCCUGCGGCCUCAUGAACCACAUGACCGCCAUCUGCGAGAUUGUCACCCAGUCCUUCCCCACCACCUCCAUCCCUGCCCUGCUCUGCUCGCUCGGUGUGACCCCAGUGGACGGCAUGCCCAGCCAGCCCUACCAAGACUGCUAUCCAGUGGUGCUGGACGGAGCCAUGGUAGGCUGGGUGGAGCAGGAUCUCGCACCCUCUGUUGCUGAUUCUUUGCGCAAUUUUAAGGUAUUACAGCAGAAGAGGAUCCCUCCAUGGACGGAGAUAGUUCUCGUUCCAAAGACCGGGAAGGCCAGUAUUUACCCUGCACUGCUUAUCUUUACCACGCCCUGCCGAAUGGUACGGCCUGUCCAGAACCUGGCACUGGGCAAGGAAGAGCUCAUUGGAACCUUCGAACAGCUCUUCAUUGACGUUGGUAUAUUAGAAGAGGAAAUCGUGCCGGGGGUAACGACUCACCAGGAGCUGUUCCCUCACAGCAUGCUCAGCGUGGUGGCAAGCUUCAUCCCCUACUCCGACCACAACCAGAGCCCAAGGAACAUGUACCAGUGUCAGAUGGGUAAACAAACAAUGGGUUUCCCACUGCACACGUACCAGGAACGUUCAGACAACAAGCUGUACCGUAUCCAAACUCCACAGAGCCCCCUUGUACGGCCUUCCAUGUAUGACCACUAUAACAUGGACAACUACCCCAUCGGGACAAAUGCCAUAGUCGCUGUUAUCUCAUAUACUGGUUAUGAUAUGGAGGAUGCCAUGAUAGUGAACAAGGCUUCAUGGGAGAGGGGAUUCGCUCACGGGAGUGUGUACAAAACAGAGCUAAUAGACCUGGACGAGAAGAUCAAACAGGGAGACGACAGCCUGGUGUUCGGAAUCAAGCCUGGCGAUCCCAGGGUGAUGCAAAAACUGGAUGACGAUGGACUGCCUCCCAUUGGAACAGUGCUGCAGUACGGAGAUCCCUUCUACAGCUACAUGAGCCUCAACACCGGGGAGAGCUUCGUUACCUUCUACAAGAGCAAAGAAAACUGCGUAGUGGACAACAUCAAAGUCUGUAGCAACGAUAGCGGCAUGGGCAAGUUUAAACGCAUCUGCAUCACCACCAGAAUUCCCCGGAACCCCACUAUCGGGGACAAGUUUGCCAGCCGCCACGGGCAGAAGGGAAUCCUGAGCAGGCUGUGGCCUGCGGAGGACAUGCCCUUCACGGAGAGCGGCAUGGUGCCCGACAUCCUCUUUAACCCCCACGGCUUCCCUUCCCGCAUGACAAUCGGCAUGCUGAUCGAGAGCAUGGCAGGGAAAUCGGCAGCCAUGCACGGGCUGUGCCACGACGCCACGCCCUUUACCUUCUCCGAGGACCACUCUGCUCUGGAGCACUUUGGGGAGUUGCUGAAGGCGGCUGGCUACAACUUCUACGGGACAGAGCGUCUGUACAGUGGGAUCAGUGGACUGGAGCUGGAGGCUGACAUCUUUAUCGGUGUGGUUUACUACCAGCGGCUCAGGCACAUGGUGUCUGACAAGUUCCAGGUGCGGACCACUGGUGCCAGAGACAAGGUCACCAACCAGCCGGUGGGUGGCAGGAACAUCCAGGGAGGCGUCCGUUUUGGGGAGAUGGAGCGGGACGCCUUGCUGGCUCACGGGACCUCCUUUCUCCUGCAUGACCGGCUCUUUAACUGCUCGGACCGCUCGGUGGCCCACGUGUGUGUGGAGUGUGGCAGCCUGCUCUCCCCGCUGCUGGAGAAACCCCCGCCUUCGUGGUCGACCACCCGGCACCGGAAGAACAACUGCACCGUCUGCAAGAAAAGCGACUCCGUGGACGUGGUGUCUGUACCCUACGUCUUCCGCUACUUCGUUGCUGAGCUGGCUGCCAUGAAUAUUAAGGUCAAGCUUGACGUCAAGUAAACCGACAUACCUCUAAAAAUGAGCUCUGCAUUCGAAUGGGCUGACUCGGGUUUAUUUUUGGUUUUGGAAUCUGUUUUUUGAUAGCUCUGCUCAAUAUGGUGGAACUUGUUUCCGUCAGGGUUUUAAAUGUAUACUAUUAGAAUUGAAAAUCCAGGAGUUUCAGAUGCAGCCUUCAGUUCUUGCUGGCAUUAAUUCUACUUAGAUUAUUACCUAGUUCCACUGCUUCCAUAUGCAUGGCAGAUUCGUAAUUUUAUUAGUUCACCAACAAACUGGAAACAAAGAUAAAUCUUCAUUAGACAGGUGCACUAAGUUUUAUGGCAGGGCAGGUUUGAGGCACAUUGUUAUGGCUUGCAUUGCUGCUUCCUUGAGCCGUCCCUGCUCUGUGGAUACAUAGAAGACUGUCUAUAUUCCAUCAUAAAUAUAUAUUUGGUGUUAUAAAUAUAUGCAUAGUAAAGGCAGUGUGCAGGGCAUACAAUAUUGGCUAAUUGUAAAAGGAGGAGGGGGGGGCAUACAUAUAUAUCUGUAUAUAUCUAUAGAUAUAUAGAUAUAGAUAUAUGGGGUAAACUGAAUCCAAGAGAUGUCUGUGUUAGUUAUUUUAGGCUAUAUCCUUUUUUUUUUUUUUAUAUACCAGUAAGAUAAUGAUUAUAAGAUGCUGUCUCUGUCACUGAUAUGUAUUAGUUGCACAAGACUGUUUUCAGACAUCUUAAAGCUGACUGUAAAUAUAAAAAGUAGGGUGGGAAUGUAACAGUUUAAAGAAAAAAAAAAUGUUGCCCCUGUUUUAUGUAAACAUCACAGGAAGUACAAGAAAACAUUCAAUACAAUGCUAGUUAGGAUGCUGUCUUUGGCUAGAUUGCAUUCUUUUGUAUUCAAUGCUUUACGGGCAUAUGAUGUUUAUGUGCACCUUGUUUCUGUAUUUAUAGUCCUGAUUGACGUUGCAGUGGUACACUUUUCUAAAAAGCAUACACUGAAAUCAUUGACAUAAAAAUAACCCAAGAUUUAGACGAUCGGUCUCCUAUGUAUUAGAAUAAACCUGUCUCCACAAACUUGCCAUUCGUUUGCGUAAUGGCUUUUAAGUGUAACAAACAUAGAAAUCUCCCAAGUGUAGUAUAAGCCAAUAUAACAGAAAAUCACAGAAUACUCAACCAAGUGGACAAUACACAUACCAGUAUACAAGAUUUUUACAUAUGUGGUUAGAAUUCUCUUGCUAACAAGAAUGGUGGAGAAAGAACUGUAAAUCUGUUCAUGAGAUGUGCCUCAGGCGCAAUACAAGGAGGUGUUUAGAGUUGAGGUGUGCUCACAAACAUGAUUCUGCUGACUCUGGGUCUUACUGUAACCUGUGUCAUUGUACUCCUUUCAAGACUUCUAAAUCCAAUAGAAAAAUAAAAAGAGAUGCCAGUUUUAAUUACCUGUGCUGCUUAACCAAGGGAUGCCCCAGGAUGGCAGUGUGGGGAAUAAGUUGACAUGAUUGCUGUGGCUGAACAAUAUUAAACACCUGCUUCAUAGGUUGCACACACUUUGAUGACCUUUUGACCUUAUUUUACUUACUCUGAGGGUGUAACCUAGACAAAUGUGUUUCGAGGGCUUUCAACAGAAUACAAAAUAAGUGAACCUUGGUAGAGUUGGUCAAAGACUUCAGGGGUUGAGCAAACCACCUUAGUUCACUGAAGUGGGUCUGACACACACUGCUUUGUCAAAUCUCUUGUCUGUUUUAGUUGUGAUGGGCAGGACAGCAGAUCUGAUUUGCUGUAAUUGAAGGCAGAUGGUAGGUGAAUAAAUUGGUGGAAUGGUCACUUAUCACACUCAUCUUGCUAAGCUUUUUCUCCAGUACAACGUGAUCCUCUGACCUGUUAAUAAAAACAUUUACCAAAACUAAAAAAAAAAAAAAAGUUAUAUGCACGAAUGAGCUCUAUAAUUACCAACCUAAGCAUUUUUUAAAGCUUGAAAUGCUGAGUAAACCGUCCCUUUUGAAAUAUUAAAGGUUUUCAAAUAAGGUCUGUACAGUACGUAACCACCCACCUGCCCACCAAAUGCCCAGGCAUGUAUUCCACCCACCCUUCAGAAGCACUCCAGGUCACCACACUCGCAUGACACAGCUGUAUCUGGUACACACAGGUUCUGACAGGGUGGUAUCUGUACAGAGAUUAGCAGAAGUGCAUUGCAAUUAAAGCUGCCUUGUCCAUAUAACAGUCUGGAUUUUUUUAUAACAUUUUGUUUGUUUAUGGCAGGAAGCAGAGGAGAUAAAUCCUUAAUAGCCAGCAUGGCAGAAGCAUCAAAGGGGUAGUUAAUGUCCUUUUAUCCAGCAAAAUGUAACUAAAGUAAUGUGUUCAACCUGAGUGAUGAUCAUAAUGUAAAUAGAGGCUCUCAGUUUUAAUAUACAUAUGUAUAUAUAGGCACCUCCAAAAUUACUGGAACCC